AUGAGUACACAAGUUUGUGUGACAAGAUUAAAGAAAGAAUUAUUAGCAUUAUCAAAGAAUGAGGAUAUAAAGGAUAUAUUUAUAGCGAAACCUUCGAUUAGCAAUAUUUUGGAGUGGCAUUAUGUCAUUUAUGGUCCACCAGACACACCAUAUCAUGGUGGAUAUUACCAUGGUCAAAUUAUAUUCCCAGUAGAAUAUCCAUACAAACCACCUUCAAUUCUAAUGACUACUCCAUCAGGUAGAUUCGUUUGUAAUUCAAGGAUUUGCACUUCAAUGUCUGAUUUUCACCCUGAUACUUGGUCACCCUUUUGGUCCAAUUGCACAAUUAUUUUAGGUUUAAUUUCAUUCAUGACUGAAGAUGAAAAUGGGUUUGGGUCAAUAGUUAAAUCAAAAGAAACUAGAAAACAACUUGCAUCCCAAUCGAUGGCAUUCAAUUUAAAGAAUCCAGUUUUUGUAAAACUCUUUCCUGAACUAAUUUCAGAUUAUAAAAAAAAAGGUACAUUUUAUUCCUCCUCCUCAACUCCAUCCUCUACACCACCUCCCUCUUCUACUCCAUCCUCAUCUUCAUCAUCUUCGAAUAUUUCAAAAAGAAAUGUUCCAAUUCCAACUACAAAAACAACUCCUCAAGAUACAAACAAGAAAAAAGAACAAAAAAACAAUAAUAUACCUUAUAUAAUUCUAUUUAUAGCAUUAAUAAUAAUACUUUUAUAUUUAUUUUUAAAAUAA